AUGUUUGACUCCCCGCCAGGAGGAGACUCCACCUCCUCAGUGUCCUAUAGAGACCAGCCAGUAGGAGGCUCCACCUCCUCAGUGUCCUAUAGAGACCAGCCAGUAGGAGACUCCUCCUCCUCAGUGUCCUAUAGAGACCAGCCAGUAGGAAACUCCACCUCCUCAGUGUCCUAUAGAGACCAGCCAGUAGGAGGCUCCACCUCCUCAGUGUCCUAUAGAGACCAGCCAGUAGGAAACUCCACCUCCUCAGUGUCCUAUAGAGACCAGCCAGUAGGAGGAUCCACCUCCUCAGUGUCCUAUAGAGACCAGCCAGUAGGAGGCUCCACCUCCUCAGUGUCCUAUAGAGACCAGCCAGUAGGAGACUCCACCUCCUCAGUGUCCUAUAGAGACCAGCCAGUAGGAAACUCCACCUCCUCAGUGUCCUAUAGAGACCAGCCAGUAGGAGACUCCACCUCCUCAGUGUCCUAUAGAGACCAGCCAGUAGGAAACUCCACCUCCUCAGUAUCCUAUAGAGACCAGCCAGUAGGAGGCUCCACCUCCUCAGUGUCCUAUAGAGACCAGCCAGUAGGAGACUCCACCUCCUCAGUGUCCUAUAGAGACCAGCCAGUAGGAAACUCCACCUCCUCAGUGUCCUAUAGAGACCAGCCAGUAGGAGACUCCACCUCCUCAGUGUCCUAUAGAGACCAGCCAGUAGGACACUCCACCUCCUCAGUAUCCUAUAGAGACCAGCCAGUAGGAGGCUCCACCUCCUCAGUGUCCUAUAGAGACCAGCCAGUAGGAGACUCCACCUCCUCAGUGUCCUAUAGAGACCAGCCAGUAGGAAACUCCACCUCCUCAGUAUCCUAUAGAGACCAGCCAGUAGGAGGCUCCACCUCCUCAGUGUCCUAUAGAGACCAGCCAGUAGGAGGCUCCACCUCCUCAGUAUCCUAUAGAGACCAGCCAGUAGGAGGCUCCACCUCCUCAGUGUCCUAUAGAGACCAGCCAGUAGGAAACUCCACCUCCUCAGUGUCCUAUAGAGACCAGCCAGUAGGAGACUCCACCUCCUCAGUGUCCUAUAGAGACCAGCCAGUAGGAGGCUCCACCUCCUCAGUGUCCUAUAGAGACCAGCCAGUAGGAAACUCCACCUCCUCAGUGUCCUAUAGAGACCAGCCAGUAGGAGGCUCCACCUCCUCAGUGUCCUAUAGAGACCAGCCAGUAGGAAACUCCACCUCCUCAGUGUCCUAUAGAGACCAGCCAGUAGGAGGCUCCACCUCCUCAGUGUCCUAUAGAGACCAGCCAGUAGGAGGCUCCAUCUCCUCAGUGUCCUAUAGAGACCAGCCAGUAGGAGACUCCACCUCCUCAGUGUCCUAUAGAGACCAGCCAGUAGGAAACUCCACCUCCUCAGUGUCCUAUAGAGACCAGCCAGUAGGAGGCUCCACCUCCUCAGCAGACCAGCCAGUAGGAGACUCCACCUCCUCAGUGUCCUAUAGAGACCAGCCAGUAGGAGGCUCCACCUCCUCAGUGUCCUAUAGAGACCAGCCAGUAGGAGACUCCACCUCCUCAGUGUCCUAUAGAGACCAGCCAGUAGGAGGCUCCACCUCCUCAGUAUCCUAUAGAGACCAGCCAGUAGGAGGCUCCACCUCCUCAGUGUCCUAUAGAGACCAGCCAGUAGGAAACUCCACCUCCUCAGUGUCCUAUAGAGAAAAGCCAGUAGGAGACUCCACCUCCUCAGUGUCCUAUAGAGACCAGCCAGUAGGAGGCUCCACCUCCUCAGUGUCCUAUAGAGACCAGCCAGUAGGAAACUCCACCUCCUCAGUGUCCUAUAGAGACCAGCCAGUAGGAGGCUCCACCUCCUCAGUGUCCUAUAGAGACCAGCCAGUAGGAAACUCCACCUCCUCAGUGUCCUAUAGAGACCAGCCAGUAGGAGGCUCCACCUCCUCAGUGUCCUAUAGAGACCAGCCAGUAGGAGGCUCCAUCUCCUCAGUGUCCUAUAGAGACCAGCCAGUAGGAGACUCCACCUCCUCAGUGUCCUAUAGAGACCAGCCAGUAGGAGACUCCACCUCCUCAGUAUCCUAUAGAGACCAGCCAGUAGGAGGCUCCACCUCCUCAGCAGACCAGCCAGUAGGAGGCUCCACCUCCUCAGUGUCCUAUAGAGACCAGCCAGUAGGAGACUCCACCUCCUCAGUAUCCUAUAGAGACCAGCCAGUAGGAGGCUCCACCUCCUCAGUGUCCUAUAGAGACCAGCCAGUAGGAGGCUCCACCUCCUCAGUAUCCUAUAGAGACCAGCCAGUAGGAGGCUCCACCUCCUCAGUAUCCUAUAGAGACCAGCCAGUAGGAGACUCCACCUCCUCAGUAUCCUAUAGAGACCAGCCAGUAGGAGACUCCACCUCCUCAGUGUCCUAUAGAGACCAGCCAGUAGGAGGCUCCAUCUCCUCAGUGUCCUAUAGAGACCAGCCAGUAGGAGACUCCACCUCCUCAGUAUCCUAUAGAGACCAGCCAGUAGGAGGCUCCACCUCCUCAGUGUCCUAUAGAGACCAGCCAGUAGGAGACUCCACCUCCUCAGUAUCCUAUAGAGACCAGCCAGUAGGAGACUCCACCUCCUCAGUAUCCUAUAGAGACCAGCCAGUAGGAGACUCCACCUCCUCAGUAUCCUAUAGAGACCAGCCAGUAGGAGGCUCCACCUCCUCAGUGUCCUAUAGAGACCAGCCAGUAGGAGGCUCCACCUCCUCAGUGUCCUAUAGAGACCAGCCAGUAGGAGGCUCCACCUCCUCAGUGUCCUAUAGAGACCAGCCAGUAGGAGGCUCCAUCUCCUCAGUGGUGGAAAAAUAA